AUGCAGCCCACAAGCCUUCUACUACGACGUCCUAAUCUCGUCCCUCUCCCGAUCAAAUGGCCGACGUCUCGCAAAGACAAGGUACCCGCUGUCCGGACAAUGGCCCGCGCGGCCACGAUUCUGCCCAACUUUGUCGGCCUGCACUUUGAGGUGCACAACGGCAAGGACUACAAUCGCGUGGAGGUCACAGAGGACAUGGUUGGACACAAGCUCGGAGAGUUCUCGCCGACGCGAAGAGGUAUCCAAAGAGACAAGUGGAGGGGCAAAUGA